AUGCCACAAUCUCAUCGUGUUAAAGACUGUUUGAAAUCAAUUACAAAUGAAGAGAUUAUGUUGUAUAGAUUUCGUGCUUACAUCUCUCCGCUACUUGCAUUAAUCGGUAUUCCAACAAAUAUACUAGUCAUUAUAAUCUUCAUUAUAAUCGAUAGACGAGGAUCAUGUCGUUUCAAUCAUUAUGCUAUCUGGUUAGCAUUUUCCCAUUUAGCACAACACAUCUUCAAUACACUAAUUGAUGAUUUUCUUGGACGUGGAUUACUCUGGGCAACUGGUUGUCGUAUCUCGUAUCAAGUUGAUGCGUAUUCAUCAUUCACGUGUAAAACACUCACUUAUCUAUCGGAUGUAUUCGCUUUGAUUAGUUCUUUUAUUCUAAUGCUAUUCAGCAUAGAUCGUGUCUGUUCAAUAUACAAUCCAAAACAAUUUGAACAAACAAAGCAUUUAGGUGUAGCAAAAUUAUGUAUACCUAUUAUAUAUAUUAUAUGCUUGCUAUUAAAUAUACCUCAUAUUAUCAAUGCUGAUCUAAAGUAUAAUUCAAAUCGUGAACUCAGUUGUGAAUAUAUCGAUCCAAUAGCGAAUGGAGUUAAAUAUGUAUUAUAUUUAUACAUAAUUGGUGGGACACUAUUACCAGCUCUAUUGAUUUUUAUUACAAAUAUCUUAAUCUCAUGUAAGCUAAAAUCAGCGAUACGUCGAUCAAAAUCUAUCGGUUUUCAUGAUAAACAUUCACACAGUGAGUUGAGUAAAGUUAUUACUCAUUUAGCUAUAAGUAUUAUGUUCACGUGUUUAUCAAUCCCUCUGGUUAUAUUAGUUAUAUUACGACAAGAAGUACAUUUUAAAAAUUAUGAAAUUAUUUAUCCUAAAUAUGCGCAUAAAAUUAUUCAAUUAUCUAAGUUGUUCAGUUCUUGGGAAUCAUUUAAUCAUACAUUUGAAUUUUUCUUUUAUUGGGCAUUUUUACCAGUUUUUCGACGAACAUUACAUCAAAUGUUGUCCAGUUGUUAUUCUUCAUUGUUAUGUAAUGCUAAAAAGAUGAAACAUAUGGAUACAACAGACAUGAAAGGCAUUAAUAGUACUUAUAACAUUAUAAGCAAUAUUAAUAAUAAUAGUAAUAAUAAUGAUGUUGUUAUUGUUAACAAUAAUCAAAAAAUAAAUGUUAACAAUCAACUUCAUUCGUUGUAUUAUUUAUCUGAGCCAGGGAAUUGUACAUCUUCAUAUUUCCCUACUGGAUAUUCGCCUUUACGUCAAUAUAAAGGCUGUCAACAUCUACACCAUCAACGUCAUCCUUCUCUAAGGUAUAAUUAUCAUUACUAUAAACCUGGGGAACGAAAACAUCAUGAAUUGUAUUAUCAUUUAGAAUAUAGUAAACCGUUAAGUUUUUAUUGUAUCGAUGAUAUUCAUAAGAAUUCUAUACACGAUAAUAAAAUGAAUCAGAGAAAGUUAUCAAAAGAUUCCAAUUUUAUGAUGGUUAGUAAUUUAUGA